UGAUAAAAAAGAGUAUUUUUUUGCACUUUCAAAAUUGUUGGUGAGAAAAUUUGUGGUUUUCCUGCCCUCAGAUUCCCCGUCAUGCAGUGCGAGCGCAUGCGCAGAAGCCAAAUAACAAGAGUAACUAUGGCGCUCCUGUCUUUGGAAAAUGGACAUGAAUUCAGUGGGAAAAGGCCCUAAAGAAAGGCAUAUAGCGUUUAUGUUAGCUGAUGCACUUCGACAAGAAGAUGCAGAGAAGUUCCUAGAAGUUUACGACACUGUUAUUCCUCAGGAAAUGCCCCUUGAUGAGGUAGAUCACAUCAAGGAACGUGCUCGAGAGUUGUCCGAACUCCCCGAGGAAUACUUUCAGCAGGAAUUCAGGCUUGUCAAACAAUCCCUGUCCUCCUCAUCGUCGGUCGAUCAGCCUGGCGCUGGUCCGUGUGAGGACGACGGUCCGUCGGUUGACCUUCCUGAGGAAUAUUAUCAACGCAAGCGUCGCCUACAAAAACGUGCGAGCCCGGGUUGUAGCUCAGCGUCCACGGCAAGUAACAAUACGGAUAACCAGGGCCAGAGGGGCACAGGGACUUGUGGGCAAGCCCUGAAGCAUGCAAAGAUCGGCGUCCUAGAACAGAUAGCAAAGACAACAUCAGCACUUGCAGCUCUUCAGUCAGCUACCACAGAGUUAACGGUGAUUCAAGAAGGCGGGUGUGGCGCCGACGGCCAAGACAAGGAAGAAAAAGAGUUGUCCGCCACCUCUAAAUACCCUGUAUCCACCCGUGCUACGCUUCCAUCCCUUUCGCAGCUGUACAAAACGGCGGAGAAACUGAAAGCUUCAAGCGAGCAGCUAAGGAAAAUGUGGGAAAACAGGGAAAGCGAGAAGCCCCCGUUCGGAUACCCUCCGGAUGCUACCAGUAUUACGAAUUCUGCAAUGGCUCUAUUGAAUAAAGGAGAGACUAAAGAAGGAGAUAGUUCACUUGAUGCAAUCCCUACUACGGGGCUGGAACGCCGAGGUUCCCUGGACAGUGGAAAAGAUGAUGACAGGCAGUAUGAGUCUAGUGGCAGCAGAAGAAGUAGUGUUUCGCAAGGCGGUCGCAAAAAGAAGAAAAAGAAGAAGAAGGCUAAUAAAAGUGGAAAGCAACAGUCUGUGGGUGCCUUAAAGUCUGCCUCAUCAGAAUGUUCUAUAGACAGUGACAGUGGGACCAUAAACAGUCAAGAUGGGGCUAGCUCCAACUCAAUCGACAGUGGUAAGAGUAACGCUUCUAAUCCCGAAAAGAAGGAGACAGAUCCCGUUGUUAUAGAAAAAGCACAAAAUCCAGAAAACACUUCAGAAAAAUUAACUCUUACCAGUAACGGACUAUCGAAGGACAUGGUCAAGGGGAAUGCCGCGAGAAUCGGAAGCGAGCUCAUGAGUGCACAGCAGCAAAAUUCUACAGAUAUUCCUCUCAAUCCGGGAACUAUGCAAGAUGGCACCAAGUCUGUAGGACAGUCCGCAUCGAGUCCUUGGGGAGGGGGAAUGACCUACGCUAGCAAACUAAAAGCAGGGCUUGAGAAAUUUCGAGACGGGGAUCCCGGCUUGAACAACAAAGACUCCAUGGACGGAGAGGGGAGUGGGAACAUAGUCUUGCCAGAGGGAAGCGUUGGAGAUGCGAUAGUGCCAAACGGAUUACCGGUGGUUGAAAUAUGUCCGAAGGAAGAGGAGACUGUGGCGAACCUGCCCCAGGACGUUGGGGGGACACACGAUAAUGCCAAAAGCCAGGAGGGAGAGGGGUACCCCCAUCCAAGUGCUGCCAAUAUGGAGAAGAACGUUACACAGAACAAAGGGACAGGAAAGGUCGAUCCUGCAGAAGGCAAGGGUCCUGCGAUGGCUGGGCCCCCCGAAGCCUAUGCAAGGAAGGUGUGCACUCGCGCCACUCCCCUCGGAGCGGUGUCGUGCUCGGAGGAGUGCAAGACUCAAGGGAAGGAGGAGACGUCCCUCCAGGCCAUCCUUCUCAACUUUGAAAACAGUCCAUUUCAGUUCCUCUCGCCGUCGGAGGUGUUCGACGGGCCCAACGUUAACGCGGACAGUGCAAUUCGAGGUAGUAAUCAAUCGGGGCAGAACAUGCCAGCCGGAGGCCAGGGGGACGGGGGCAAGCUUCACGUCCGGGUGAGCAGGGAUUUCUCCCUCACUCCCCCGGAGGUGCCCCAGUACGAGUUUGGACUUGGGAAUACCGUCUUGCCAGGUAGUAUAGGUGUAGUGAUGAUGGACAAUGCUGCUGUAAGAAACGUAGACAUGACCAAAGGGAACUGUUCACACAAAGAGGACCCUGGGGUGCACGUGGAGAGGCCCCCCGUCGUUCCCUCUGUACCGGAGGAAAUAACGUACAACUUUCAGGAGGCUGCCAACUACUUGUACAGAGAAUGGGAACAAACCUUUAAGCAGUGUCAAGAAGAUCCAACAAAAGUGCAGUACUACAAGAGUGGGCUUUCAGCGUAGCUAUGGUAACAGAGAGGAGAUGGACUGCGCUUCUAAAUUGCCAUUCAAAAAAAGCAUUGCAAUCUCCUUCAGAAGAAAUACAGGGAACGAGUGUUACAUUGUUUCUGGGUGACUGCAUUAAAGUCGCGUUUGCAGUCAGCAAUACCACAGCUGAAUGUGGUCACUCAUAGAUUCCCAAAACAGCUGACUUCAUUUACUAAACGCUAAGAACAACGAAUCAGGAAUGUUCCCAGCUCUUUUCCAUCAAAGACAGAGGUGGGGUUUUUAGCCCAAUCAAGCCGGCCACAGUAGAUAGUUCAGUAUUGUUAGCUAAUCGCAGUUGACAAACGGCCAUCCAUGCAACCGACCAUGAAAAAGACUGGAAGGGAAAUCUUUAGACAACACUACAUUUACAUGUACCAUAUACAUGAGCCUGCAAGUACAAGAGGUUCGACAGCUUCAGAAGUGAAAUUUGGAGAAGAAAAGCGGACAAUUGACUUGCAAGCAACUUUGAUCCAGUAUAACCAUUUUAUGACAAGUUACUGCAGAGUUUAAGUGGCUAUGGAGAGGACAAUGGAUUUAAUUAUCGUUCAUCGCUUGGGAUGGUGUACCAGUCACUACAAUCUUUCUUGGUUUUCGCUCUAUUGAAAGGGAGGAAUCAGCCAAUUUGAAGGGAAUUUCUGUGGUGUCAUUGGCGUUCUCUCAGCUAUGUGAAACAAAGGUUCUGCCAUGCAAUGUAAGGGGCAGAAAGUCAGUGCUUUCAUGUGCAAACGAACUACCAUGUAAGUUUUAACUACCGAUUUUGCAGUACUAGUCAUAACAGAUAGAGGGAGCUUUUGUACUCAUAACGCUAUACAGAAGUACUGUUGUGUGAGUUGAUGUCUUGUACAGGUAGCUUUGAGCAUCAUUUCAAUCUGGACGCAGUUUGAACAUCACAAACCAAAGUUGGGCUUGUACCCAUAAUGUACAUUGUAAGUAAAUAGUAUUCAGCUAAAGCUGUCUUAGCAGAAGGUUAAGUUUUGUAUCUAAAUCUCUGGAAAAAAAAGAACAAAAAUGUGCUGUUUAACAGUGGUAGGAAUGAUAUGUUUCAAACAUGACAAAUAUCUAAAGUUUUAUGCAGCUUUAAGAAGAAUUUUUGUAAGUAACUGUAAAUAAUUGUUCAAAGGUUAGGAAAAUUGUUGACUGUUUUGAGCCCUGUAAUAUUUCAUAACUCAAGAAACUCCAACAAAAUACAAGUAAGGAGGCAUGUGUCUAGAUAACUGAAUACAGACAUGCUGACUGAGCCAUAGUGUAAAAAAGGAUGGUAUGCAUUUCACCUGAAAUCCAUUUCUCUUUGCAAUUUUGGAGUAAUUGAGCACACAGUAGAAUGUACCAUUCUUGGUACGAUCCACAGUCAACACUUCCAUCCAUUGUUUGUGUAAGGUGAGGUCAACUAGCUAAGAUUAGUAUGUAAUUUGUCAUCAUUCUUUUGCGGUAAUUAUUGUAGGUAUGGAAAGUAUACUUUUGUCAAGGGUUCAUUUCAAUGGUUGAAGAAAGAAAAAAAAGGAAUACUGGUGCCAUGUGAGAAAUCAACUGUUUACCUCUUAUUAUCAACCUUGUCUCUCCUAUGCUCUCACUCUUGCACCAACGUUUAAUUGAUCAGAAUUUUUGUCAGUAAGAUUAAGGUUUCAAAAAACGAAAACUUUUUACCCAUGGUAAUUUGCAGUAGAUUGAUCCAUAGCCCUGCCCACUUCCAACAAAACGUCAUUGAAAAGUAGAAAU